GCUCCACGGCCAUCGGGAUCCAGACGUCGGAGGGCGUCUGCCUGGCCGUGGAGAAGAGGAUCACCUCCCCCCUCAUGGAGCCCAGCAGCAUCGAGAAGAUCGUCGAAAUCGAUUCCCACAUUGGGUGUGCCAUGAGCGGCCUCAUAGCCGACGCGAAGACUCUCAUCGACAAAGCCAGAGUGGAGACCCAGAACCACUGGUUCACCUACAACGAGAACAUGACGGUGGAGAGCGUGACACAGGCCGUGUCCAACCUGGCCCUGCAGUUCGGGGAGGAGGACGCAGACCCUGGGGCCAUGUCUCGCCCCUUCGGCGUCGCGCUGCUUUUCGGAGGAGUCGAUGAGAAGGGACCCCAGCUGUUUCACAUGGACCCCUCGGGGACGUUUGUCCAGUGCGACGCCAGAGCGAUCGGCUCCGCCUCGGAGGGGGCCCAGAGCUCCCUGCAGGAGGUGUACCACAAGGUGAGGGCUGGAGGAGGCCUUUCAGAUCCUGGA